AGACGCGCCCAUCUUCAGCCCGACAGAGGAGAAGUUGAGAAACUUCGAUGACGCGCAGUUUGGCGUGGUUAGUGAAAACAUCGUCCGUGGAGCAGAUAUGGAUGAGAGAACAUAAUUGGUUUAAUCUGUUAUUGAAGUCUGUUCUUUUAAAGUUAUUUUCGCAUCUUCAGAGUAAGUCAGUCACGGUUCCUUCACAUGGAGUUUGUUCUGGGCAUCAGUUUGUGUUUUUUAUCUCAGUGAUGUCCGCACACGGAUUAUUGAACAGCGUGUUUUCAUGCUCUUCAACGGGCUCUAAAGCUAUCACAAAGAGAAGAGUGCGUCAGACUCGGAGCUUGGAUUCUGCAUUGAUGAGUAACUGCAGGGCGCCUGGAGAACCCAACGGCCAGCGGUCCGUGUUUUGGAGUUCGACAUCGACAGGUGGAUUUAUGAACAACCAAACAUCUUCUGAACUUCUCGCUGCUGCUUCCAGACUAGAUCCGCAUCUCUCUUCGUCGAGUUUAUGGUCUUCUUCAGACGCGUCAUCGCUCUCCAGUGCUCACUGUGAUUACAAAAGUAGCAAACGGAGCGCGUCUCGGGAGUUAUCGCUCACUGGUUCGAGCAACAUCUUCUCACCGAGGAAGUGGCUUCAAAGAAAGGCGCCGCAGUCGGGCAGCCUCUCCCAGAACACCUGUAAAUCGGAGGGAGAUUUGACCUGGAAGAGUUCAUCUGGACAUCUGCAGGCAGUUCACAUACAGAGUCUGUCUGAGCUGGAGAGAGUCCGACUGCAGGAAGUUGCUCUUGUCAAACUGCUAAAAGACUUUGAUUUAGGAUGCCAGAUCACCAUCCCUAAAGAUUGCCAGAAGCAUAAAAAGUAUCUCAGGAGAAAGCUGGAUUCUUUAUCAAAAGAAAAGGACAAAGAGUGUGAUCCUCAGGCGUUUGGCGUGCCGCUCUCGCAGGUGAUUUUUAAUGACCGGCGUCAUAAGCAGCUCCAGGACGAACGGGAGCAGGAUGUGCAGCAGGACCUUGUAGACCAGGCGUCCUCGCUCCUGCACCUGACCGGCCGGAGAGCCAAUCACAAGGAGCUUUCUAGCAGUAACUCCUCCCUCAGCUCCACCGUUGAGACACCCAAUGCGACCAGCUCCCCCGGCACGCCAGAGACGGCCCUGCGCUCGCAGAGACGGGGCGGCGUGUCUGUGGACUGCAUCACUGAUCUGGAUGACGCUCACUCUCGUCUGCUGGAGGCGCUUCAGCUGUCGCUGCCUGCGCAGUCACACGGAGAGAAGAACACGAGAGACACAAAACUCAGCCUCAAUCCCAUCUACAGACAAGUGCCACGAGUGAUUGACAGCUGCUGCCAACAUCUGGAGAAAUAUGGUCUGCAGACGGUGGGAAUUUUCCGUGUAGGAAGCUCCAAGAAAAGAGUUCGACAGUUGCGUAAGGAGUUUAAUCGGGGUUCAGAUGUUGUUCUGGAUCAUCAGCACAGUGUUCAUGAUGUGGCGGCUCUGCUCAAAGAGUUCCUCAGAGACAUGCCCCAUCCACUGCUGACCCGGGAACUCUACACGGCCUUCAUCAACUGCGCAUCUCUAAACUGCGCAGAUCAACACACAUUGAUGCAGCUGCUCAUCUGUCUGCUGCCCGCCUGCAACUGUGACACGCUUCAGUGCUUACUUCACUUCCUGUCCAACGUGGCCAAUCACGCAGAGGACUCGCUGGAUACUGAAGGACAGGAGGUUAUUGGCAACAAGAUGACAUCACUAAAUCUGGCCACCAUAUUUGGACCGAACCUCCUUCACAAGCAGAAAAGUUCAGAGAAAGAGUUCAGUGUUCAGAGUUCAGCUCGUGUCGAGGACAGCGCCGCCAUAAUCACAGUCGUCCAGCACAUGAUCGACUCACAUGAAACACUGUUCAUGAUUUCUGCUGAACUCCAGAAUGAAGUUCUGUUAAGUUUGAUGGACACAGACAGUGAUGUGGUGAAUUAUCUGCUGAGGAGGAAAACAACACAGAGUGAUGAUUCGACGUCCUCCAGUGGAGAGAUCUCACCUUAUGAAAACAACUCUCCUGUUCUCUCAGAGUGGCUGCACCCAUCAAGACAAGCCGAUGAAAAUCUCACAAUGAGUCUAGACGCACUCACACGCAACAUCGCGGUGAAAUCUCGUCUCUCACCCUCACAGGAGCACACUGGUGAGUUGUUCUAUGAGAAUGUUUGGGAAACACAACACACUUCUCUGCUGUCAAGAUUUCAAGACAGACUACUCGCAGGUUCAGACGGACACCUGUAUAACAGUGUCUCCUGCGAGGCAUCCACUAGUAACUACAGCAACACAAAACAGCCUGUGUGUGAGACGCAAACGUCCAGAGUCACUGCUGAAUGUAAAGCAGAUCUGAGCAGCCCCUGCUGCAGUCAAACGACACCUGCUCCAAUCACAUCGACCCAACGGACAAGACUGAGCCAAUCAGAGGAGGCGGUAAUGCCUCCUGUAAGCCCCUCACUGGCAGCCAAACAACAUGACGGACUUCCUGUGGCCUUUGGACAGCCUGUUGGAUCAACACAACCGCACCAUAUCACUUCCCAUCAGGAGGGGGGGUCACACAUCGUUGUGUCAACAAAGAGCUUCACAGAUGAACACCCAAACUGGCCAAUGGACAAAUGGCAAAUAUGGCAGCUGUUAUCGUCAGAGACCACAGACACAUUACCAGAGACAGUGGUGUAAAAAUGUAAGAAUUAUAGAGGAUGUAUAGAAUAAAUCUUGCCCCAUUGACUUCCAUUAUAAGUGCCUCACUGUAACCUCGAUUUGUGCUUUUUUUUUUCUCCCCAAUUUGGAAUGCCCAGUUCCCAACGCGCUCUAAGUCCUCGUGGUGGUUUAGUGACCCGCCUCAAUCCGGGUGGCGGAGGACGAGACCGUCAAUCCACGCAUCUUAUCACGUGGCUUGUUGAGCGCGUUACCGUGGAGCAUGUGGAGGCUUCAUGCUAUUCUCCGUGGCAUCCACGCACAACUCACCACACGCCCCUCCGAGAGUGAGAACCACAUUAUAGCGACCACAAGGAGGUUACCCCGUGUGACUCUACCCACCCUAGCAACCGGGUCAAUUUGGUUGCUUAGGAGACCUGGCUGGAGUCACUCAGCACGCUCUGGAUUCAAACUCGCAACUCCAGGUGUGAUAGUCAGCGUCAAUACUCGCUGAGCUACACAGGCCCCCUGAUUUGUGCUUUUUUUAAAGAAAAGGAGGGACAAGUCUAAAAUAAUUUUUGUAAUAAUCAACAUUAUGCCACAAAUGCUGUCGAUUGAGCUUAACUUGAACUGAACCCGGAAUAUUCCUUUAAGAAUGCCCUGAAAUUCUACAAUGCUGAUGCUGUUUAUAUCGCAAUGAACGAUCAAUUCUGCAUCGCACAGUGUUCAUACGGUCAUGGAAACCCUGGAAAUAUCAGGGAAUUUUACAAAUGUCAUUUCCAGGCCUGAAGCGUCAUGGAAAUUUCUGAAGUGAAAAACAUUUUCCUUGUUAUACUCUUUGCUCUAAAAUAUUUAUAUCACUCUAGAAAAAAGCUCUUUGUGAAUGUAGUCUCUAUAAAAAUGACUUUUAAAAGUUCAUGGGAAUUCAUCAAUCAAAAGGGGUUGAAACCUUUUUUUUACAAGCACAUAGAGAAAAAGAAUGAAAAUAUCACAUCAUGCUGGCUUGUAAAAAAAAAAAAAGCGCUAUUGAUUUGAUGGCAUAUCUCUUCUUUUACAGAAAUGAAGCUCAAAUAGUUCUCACAAUUGUUCCUCACUCUUUUCCUUCUGUGCACACUGUAUUUAAAGUGUCUUAAAGUGAGUAUAUUAACUCUUGUGUAAUCCUGUAAAAUAAUGAAACUGUUGCCUUCAUUUCAAAACCUUUCUUUUUGAUUUUGUGCCAUAUUAUUUUGACUCCAUGUCAUAAUCCCGUAUUUCUCGAUAUGAUUUUUUGCCUGUCACAAAUACAUCUGAAAUGUUCUGAAACAGAAUAAAAAAGAA